GGUGCCUGGAUAAAUAGUUUUUGGAAGCAGCGCGGGGGUAUACUUGCAGGCUCAUUCACGCGCAGCGCUGCGACAGUACACGAUAAUAAAUGCUCGAAUAAUGGAAACUGAAAACGUUAGUAAAUGCAUAGUGCUAAUUAUGUUCAUAUGAUCCAAAAGUUAAUAUUGCAUAUGGACCAUAUGGAAAAUCGAGGUCUUAACCGAGUGUCCAGUUAGACUUGCAAGCUCUGGACGAUUUUAGUGUUAUGCAAGUCCGGUGUGAUUCUUUCGAGUGUUUUUUCGUUUCUUAAGGUACAUUUUCUAUGCGGCUCCCGGACGUGAAGAGAAUAUAUUCUUGGCUUCAGGAGGACGGGAGAUUUGUAGUUCCAUAACGCACAAGUGACUGAAGGGAUACUGCUUGUGUUGGGUGCUACACGAGACUGGACACGGAACGCGCGAGAGGAAGACAAAAAGGCUCUCCGAGGAUGACUCUGGGGACGGACAUGUCGGACAGUUCUGCUCUGUCCGACGACGUGGACAUUGAUGUCGUUGGCGGGGAUAUUGUAAAAGAGGGUAAAUAUCUUCACCACCAUCAUAGCUUUCACUUGGACAAUGACUCCGAUGACAAUCUAUCUCAGAAUGCAGGGGAGGGCGCAAUCUCUCCGGGCCAAAGCAGCUUGGACUGUCCAUCUGACCGGGACGGGCCACGGGAUGACCACACUACCGGUGCCUUGAGUGAAGAUAAACCAGGGAAAAAUGCAUUGGUGAAACCCCCUUAUUCAUAUAUAGCCCUGAUAACCAUGUCUAUUCUGCAGAGCCCGAAGAAACGUUUGACUCUCAGCGAGAUCUGCGAGUUCAUCAGCAACAGGUUCCCAUAUUACAGGGAGAAAUUCCCCGCGUGGCAAAACUCUAUCCGUCACAACUUGUCUCUAAAUGACUGCUUCGUCAAAAUACCCCGUGAACCCGGUAACCCGGGCAAAGGCAAUUACUGGACCCUCGACCCAGAGUCCGCCGACAUGUUUGACAAUGGGAGUUUUCUGCGCAGAAGGAAGCGCUUCAAAAGACACCAGACCAACGAGAUCCUUAGGGACGCGGGUGGAUUUCUACCUGGCUUCGGCUACGGACCGUACGGUUACAAUUACGGCAUACAGCUGCAAAAUUUCCAUGCGCAUCACCCCUAUCACCCACACCACCCGGGAGGCGCGUUCCCUUUCCAAAACGUACCCUGUGCUCUCCCCACGACUUCCUCGAUAUUCUCCACACCACACAGCUUGCCUUCGUUUUUAGGAACUGAGCUGAGAAAGCCUUUCUAUCCUCAACUCAGCCCGACUCUUCCUAAUCUGGCGCCUCUCAAAACGGACACUAAUGGUCCAAGUCGGCCUUCCUUCUCUAUAGACAAUAUAAUUGGUGCGGCUAGCUCAACAGCUUCGUCGUACACGACACAACCGGGUGGACAGGCUCAGAUCUUGGCCAUGCUGACUCCCACACUUGCUUCGGCCACGAACCACUUGAAUCUAACGCAGGAAGCGAUGUUUCAGCCCGGCACACAGACUUUCUCGAGCAAAACGUCAAGCCUUAACAAUUGCCAUUUCUAGAGUGGCAGCAAAUAGAAAGUGCAGCAGUCCAGUUUAAUAUGGUUGUUUCGUCAUUUGCUAAGGUAGGAUUUACACUUUUGCAAAAUUAAAAUGCCGCCCGUUUCAUGUUUCUGAAUUAUAUAAAAAAAAGUCUAAUUAAGUAUAUUUAUGAACUGUAAAUAUGUAAGAUUAUGGAGAGAGAAAGAGGCUGAAAAGAGGAAAUUAAGACCAUGUAAAAAGUAGCUAAGAUUUCAUCUUUGGACAGCCAGUGGACCUUUGCCGUUUUGUCCAGAAAGUCAGUAAAGUAAUAGUUUGUAGGCUACUAAUUGACAGAGAAUUUCCUCUUUCGGCAGAAUUAAAUUAAGAUUUGUUUUAACUAUUUUAUUGUUUUGUAUGAUUUGAGAGUUUGUAAAAAGCACUGUCAAUACCGAGACUUGAACCUCAGGAUUUACUUGUUUUGGAAGCACAUUGUCAGAUACAAGGGGCUGUAAACAGAUUAAAAAAAGGUUAACGUCCCCCUAGCUCUCUCAGCCGAAGUGUUCUGGAAAAUUGUAGCCUAUUCUUAUUUUAUUUCUGUUGGCAGAUGAUUAUGUGGUUCUUGGUGUAAAUCGCAUUACCUCUUUCUGACUCUUGUUAAUACAUAUUUCAUUAUUCCAUUGAAAAAUGAUAUGUGAAAAGAAUGUUGUUAUAUGUAAAGAGAUGUCCAUACGUUUUUUGUAAUGGCAAGAAAAUAAAUGUUUGUGAAUUUUGAAGAUGUUUUC